CUGUACGCUGUUUCUCUCGACCGGGAACUGAGCUAGAGGACGUUUGAGUCACUGUGUACAGAGGGCCACUAUAUAUCAUUUUUUGUUACAAUCAAGCCAAGCAGUAACGUUUCAACAUGUUUUCUCGCGUAGCAAGACCUACAGUUUGUAUAGCUCGAAGCUUGUCCACUUCAACACAGAACAAUGCCAAGGUGGCAGUGCUGGGUGCAUCCGGGGGCAUCGGCCAACCCCUCUCCCUCCUGCUAAAGAACAGUCCUCUGGUCGGUGAACUCUCCCUCUUUGACAUCGCACACACCCCCGGAGUGGCUGCCGACCUCGGCCACAUUGAGACCAGGGCCCGGGUCACUGGUUACAUGGGUGCUGACCAGCUGGAUGCUGCACUGCAGGGCUGUCAGGUGGUUGUCAUCCCUGCUGGAGUCCCCAGGAAGCCUGGCAUGACCCGCGACGAUCUGUUCAACACCAACGCUACCAUCGUGGCCACCCUGGCUGACGCCUGUGCUCGCAACUGCCCGGAGGCCAUGAUCUGCAUCAUCGCCAACCCUGUCAACUCUACUAUUCCCAUUACAUCAGAGGUCAUGAAGAAAUAUGGUGUCUACAACCCCAACAGAGUGUUUGGAGUCACAACACUGGACAUUGUCAGAGCGAAUGCUUUCGUUGCAGAUCUGAAAGGCCUUGACCCAGCGCGCGUUAAUGUCCCAGUGAUUGGAGGUCACGCAGGCAAGACUAUCAUUCCUCUCAUUUCACAGUGUUCACCCAAAGUGGAGUUCCCAGCUGAGCAGCUGGCUGCCCUGACCGGCAGGAUCCAGGAGGCUGGUACUGAGGUGGUCAAGGCCAAGGCUGGAGCAGGCUCUGCCACUCUCUCUAUGGCCUACGCUGGUGCCAGGUUCACCUUCUCUGUCCUGGAUGCCAUGAACGGCAAGGAAGGGGUCGUCGAGUGCGCAUACGUGAGAUCUGAAGAGACCGAAUGCAAGUACUUCUCCACACCUCUACUCCUUGGGAAACAUGGGAUUGAGAAGAACCUUGGGCUGGGCAAGCUGACAGCCUUUGAGGAGAAGCUGGUGGCCGAUGCUAUCGGAGAGCUCAAGGGCUCCAUCAAGAAGGGAGAGGACUUUGUCGUCAACAUGAAGUGAGCUGGGUUUGACUCAGCCUCUGUGUCCAUGGUUAUUUAUAUUGUCCUUUCACUUAAAAUGACAAAGUCUCUCUGGAGUCCAAGUUUCAUCAUGUCUGACAAAACGAUAGCUGUUUGUUACUGAUCAGAAGCGCAACGAAAUUCAUCAAUAAACUGUUUCCUUCA